CCAAGUAGAUUGACCGCAUUAGUCAAUGGUGGUCAAGUUUCUCGUGCGAUCAAGACCGUUGGACUGGAUUUGGACAUCCAACGGUAAUGGGUCUUUAGGGAAGAGCCCUAGCCCUAGAAGGGAAGACGGGGAGAUGCCGCGCUACGACGAUGGCCAGACGCGCCUCUACGUCGGUCGCCUCUCCACGCGGACGCGCAGCCGCGACCUCGAGGCGAUUUUCAGCAAAUACGGGAGAGUCCGAGAAGUGGAUGUCAAGCACGACUUCGCCUUUGUUGAAUUCAGCGAUCCCCGGGAUGCUGAUGAGGCGAGGCAUUAUCUCAACGGACGGGACUUCGAGGGACACCGCAUGAUCGUCGAGUUUGCGAGAAGGGGUCCUCGCAGCGGCAGUGGUGGUAGUGGUGGUGGAAGCAUCAGGAGGGAGCGCGAGCCCUUGAGAGGCCCGCCUCCAGGAACUGGAAGGUGUUACAACUGUGGGAACGAUGGUCACUGGGCUCGAGACUGCAGAGCUGGUGAUUGGAAGGACAAGUGCUACCGCUGCGGGCAGCGUGGUCAUAUCGAGAGGAACUGCCGCAACAGUCCACGCUCGUUUAGCAGGCACUCUAGAUCGCGUUCUCGAUCAAUGGAACGUAGGAGAAGCCGUAGCAGAUCGCCCAGUCGCUCUCCGAGAAGAAAGUAUAGCCGGAGUCGAAGGUACAGCGCGAGUCCCGUCAAAGACGAUAGAAGCCGCUCGCCUGCCGCACGAAAGCGCAGCGUCUCUCCAGAUGGGAAUGCUCGCAGGUCACCACCACCAAGACGCCGCAGCUUGUCUCCGGAAGGCCACCGCCGCGGUUCACCACCAUCAAGAGGCCGUAGCUUGUCACCGGAUGGCCACCGUCGUCGUGGAUCACCACCACCAAGAGGCUCUCCGGAAGGCCACCGUCGUCGUGGAUCACCACCACCAAGAGGUUCUCCGGAAGGACGCCGUCGCGGGUCGCCAGCACCACGGCACCGCAGCCCAUCUCCGGAUGGAAACCCGCGCAGCCGAUCGCCAAUGGAGACGCGAAACCGCAGCAGCUUGUCUCCGGACAGAAAUCCUCGCCGAGAGGAGCGCUCGCCGGGAGCUCGAGGCCGCGGCAGCUUGUCCCCGGAUGGCAAUCCCCGACGCUGGUCGCCAGAGGCGAGGGGCCGGAGAAGCCUGUCCCCGGAGGAGAAUGCUCGCGAGAGUCCAUCGCCCAAGAGGAGAGUGGCGAGCCCAAUGGAGAAUGGCAGCCAUGGCGCGGGAGGAGAUCGCGGUGGAGAGUCUCCGGUGAAGAACGAAGAGGACGAGGAAGAACAGUGAAAGAGUUUGUGAAGUGUUUGAACUUUAAAAUCUUAAUCCCGCGCACGAA